GAUUGACGAGCCAUGCAUAGAUAGCACCAAUGCGGUAGAGUCCCACUCACUACGUAGUCAGCCAGCCGCCGCCCUCUCUCUGUCCCUCCACCUCUGAUCUCUCUGUCUGUCUGUCUACCAUCAACUUUGUGCUAUGAAGCUGCCCAGUAGCGGCCUCCAUCACACAAGACACCUGCAACUCACACACACACACACACACACACACAGAGAGAGAGAGAGAGAGAGAGCGACAACAACAAGGCCAGCAGUGUGUUUGCUUCUCUCUGCCGGUGGUAUUUUGGUGCAGUGUUGUCUCACCGACCUCUGUCGCUGUCUAUAUGAGUGCCGUCGGUCGGUUCAGCCGCUCACCACCUGCACACACACAUACAGCAGCGUUGGGCCACGACCAGCCAUUGAUAUGUGCCCUCCCCGCCCCCUCACCCACUCACCUGCCACACUUCCAUCUCAUCGCACGUGAAGUCUUUGGACUGCGCCAGUGUGCCUUUGCCCUGCACACUGAUCGUCCCCUUGUAUCCCUCCGACAGCUCAUCCCUGUUGAUCCACUGCUGGCAGCUGCUGAGGUCGGCCCCGGGCCAGGACGGCCAUGUCCCAGCCACAGAUGGCCGCCGCCGAUGCUCACAUUGGCACGCGGCUGGCCUUCGUCGUUCUCCACCACCCCCUGUGUGCCGGCCACAGACACCAUCUGCCUGUCCUCCUCCGGCACCUCGAUCUUGGUCGGCGUCUCGUACGCACCCGACAGCGCGUAGAGGAAGACCGGCGCCUCGUACCCGUUGGUCUUUGUGGGGUCAGCGGGUAGCUUGACCUCUCCGUCGACAAAGCAUCCGAAUCGGUGCGUGUCGCCAUGUCGGAGGGCGAAGAGGAGGCCGCUCUUGCCCACCACCUUGUCGAGGAAGGAGGGAUAGGCAAACGUGUCACGACUCGACCUGACGGACAUCACACAACAGACACACCCGAAGGCAGAUCUUCAGGGCCCUUCCGUUGCCGCCUUUUGUGGCUCGCUGACUUGUAUAAGAGUGACGGCAUUGGUGAGGUGUUGCCCGUCAUGUUGAGCACCUCGCCCCACUCCUCGGCCGUCUCGAUGACCAAGUUGCCCCCCGCCACGCCGCUGCAGAGGGGCUCGUACUUCAGCCCAUGCAUCUCAGUGUCCGUCCGAAUCUGCUUGGUCCUGGUCGAUGUCGGCGGCAUGACCAGAGUGUCGAAGGGUGCGAUCCGUUGUCUGCGGGCGAAGUCGACGACCUUCAUCAGAUGCGAAGGCGAGAUGGAAAUCACAGGCGCACCACUGCAGACACAGAGCGAAGAGCGCAACGCUGUUGCUGUUCCUGUUGCUGCGGCUGUGUUGCUGGUGUUGUGUUGCCCACCUGUGGAAUGUCCUGUAGAGUAGUUUGUCGCUGCCAACACGCGCCAGUGUGGCCUCGGUGGUCGACACCGUCUUGCCCAUCACCCGCACGCUCUUGAUCUCAUCGCCCUCCCCUCCCUCGUCAGUCGCCAGCAACCGCUUCACGAGCUUGUGGAACCAGACCAGGUCCGCCUCUACGCCGCCCAGCCGCCCCACUGAUGCAUCGAGGCUUGCGAUGCUGUUGUGGAGGUCCACCAGGUGGUCGGCCGCAUCCUCACUCUCACCCUCGUCGUUCCAGCCCUCGUGGUCCUGUUGCUGCUCUCGCGCUUCCUGCUGCUGCUGGUCGUCCACCUCCAUGUGGUCGUCAUCGGCUCGCGGCGGCGGGUCUGUGGGCAUGUCGAUGUCGAGGCCGGUGAUGGUGGUGAAGAGGAACUCAUGCCAGAAGAGGGAGGAGCUGUCACUGUCGUGCGGCGGUGUGAGGACGAUCUCGGUCGUCUCGGCUUGUGCAUCGGCCACACCGACGCUGGCCACCUCGUUGAACAACCUGACACCAACAGAUACAACAGACAGCAUUGCGCGUGAGCCCGUCUGCCCUGCCCCCUUCUCUGUGUGUCGACUGGCUCACCAGUCGAUGUAGUUUGGAUCAGCGUCGAGGAACGGGUGGCCGUCUGUGUCCUUGGGCAGCCCAUCCAGAUGGUGCAGCAGCAGAUAGGCGAUGAACGAGUCGCUCACGCCGGGCAGCAGCAGCGGCUUGCGCGGCACACACAGCACCGUCCCGCCCACGUUGAUCUCAAUCUCCUCACUCAACGGCGCCGUCACUAUCGGCUGUCCGCCAUUGCUCGUGAUCAGGUCCUUGAUCGUCUUGGCUUGCUGCCGCAGCUUCUUGCGCAUCUGUUUGGCUGACUGCUCGAUGGCGGCGAGCGCCUCGUCGGCCUUCUGCAGCUCUCUGUCAAUUGCUGGGCGGCCGAUGAAUGGCAGCGGCUCCAAAUCGUCGCAGCCGCCAUUUUCCAUGGUAAGCGACUCGCCUUUCCUCUCCGUUGCCAUGCGGG